GGAGCAAUGAUUGCAAAAGGUAAAGAUGCAACAACAAGAUUGAGAAACUUGAGUCCAGCCCACAGGACAGAUGAGUAUAAAAUGAGACAAAUGCACACCGCAAACUUUACCCGUAACAUCUGACAUCGUUUCGGCCUGCUGAGAGGAUGAAGUUCGUCACGCUCUUCCUCGUUGCGUCUCUGGUCGUCCUGAUGGCCGAACCGGGGGAAUGUUUCUUAAAGAAGCUCUGGUACAGAAUAAAAGCUGCGGCUAAAGGCGCCAGGAACGCUUGGAGAGCGCACAAGGCAAAAGCUGCAGAAGAGGAAGGAGACCAACCGCAACUGGACCAGGAUCAACUAAACCGGCAACAACUGGACCAGGAUCAGCUGGACCAGGAUCAGCAGGACCAGGAAGAUCUGGACCAGCAGCAGUUGGACAAACGCUCCUACCAAUCCGCACGUCGUCUCUUUGAUUAGAUACCAGAGGCCACUCUACAUACUCCAGCAGUUCUUGGUUCUAAACAUUUUCCAACCUCCUCUGUUGCGUUGAAUCUGUUCUGAAUACUUUGCUGUUGUGGCAUCUCUGUUUGCAAAAUGAAAAAUAAACCAACGGAGCUUUACAGAGUGCAGGCAAAGCAUAACCGCAUUGUACGAGAAGCUGCAGAGAGAUUUGUCAAAAGCGAAAUGCAAAUAAAAUCAUUUUCUGCAACUCUU